CACUUCUUCUGUGACCUGGCCCCCCUGCUCCACGUGGCCUGCAUCGACACUCAUUUCAUACAGAUGUUGAUCUUCAUCUUAUCCACCUUGGUCCUCCUGACCUCACUGCUGCUCACCACUGUGUCCUACACCUACAUCAUCUCCACCAUCCUGCGCAUCCCCUCAGCCCAGGGACGUCGGAAGGCCUUCUCCACCUGUGCUUCUCACAUCACCGUUGUCUCCAUCGCCUACGGGAGCAACAUCUUCAUGUACGUGAGGCCCAGCCAGAGCCAGUCACUGGAUUUUGACAAAGUGUCAGCUGUCCUCAUCAUAAUGGUGACCCCUCUUCUGAACCCCUUUAUUUAUAGUCUGAGGAAUGAGAAGAGACAGGCUGCCAACUAA